AUGGCUUUUGAUGGUGAAUGGUUCGCAGAGACAGAAGUAUGCUCCUCAUUAUUCGCUCUAGGAGAGGAGGCGGCGGCAUUCGACCCCGGGCAUAUGGAUUUCCGCCUCUAUGACUUUUCAACACCAAUGUCUCUCCCAUGUGUAACCGAAGCAGGCACUACAGCAAUCUAUGAGACAGGGAGUAGUGGUUCCUACGGCGGCAGCCCCACAGAGGCUGAGAAUAAACUGUCGAAGCCACGGAGACGGAAAGCACGCAUGAAUGAGGUCGAUGAAGAGACGCAAUCGCGUCGUCGAGCGCAGAAUAGAGAGUCCCAGCAAGCGUACCGGCAUCGCAAGGAGGACUAUAUCCACAAGCUCCAGAAGGAAAUCGUAGACCUGCACCUGCGACACCGCGACCUGUGGCAGUCGUACUACUCGCAGGACCGGAGAUUGAGCCUGCUCCGGGAAGUGGCUGCCGACCUUACCAUGGAGGUUAACGUACUGCGAACACGACAGUCACAAAAUCAGCCACCGGAGAAGCAACUAACACUAGAUCCACCAGCCUAUCUGGGUGAUAAAGCCGACGGUCCUACUAGCACUACUACUAUGUCCGAUGACUCCAUCUACCCAACGUGUGCCUCAACCUAUCUCGAGAGCGAUAGUGCCGCAUUUCCAUCUCUGGGCCAGGGUCUGCAAGACUGGCUCCCCGGAUCAGCACCCCCGUAA